AUGCUUCGAACAACUCUUCUCAGCGCCGCCUUUGCGGCCCUUGCCGGCGCCGACCAGACCAUCAUCGUCGCAACCGACGUGCCUCCUCUGCCUCUGCAGACGCAAUCUGCCGUGCUCUCCGCCGCAGACCUCUGGUCGCAGAGCUGUCCCGAGGAGCUCGCGCCGCAGGUACCCUACAACGCGUCCCUUCUGCUCUCCAAGUACACGCCAGAGUUCAACGUCGCCGAUACCACGGCGUUUCCUCCCAACACCGUCUUUCCGUCCUCAGGUAGCGUGGUGCGGGGCGCGCUCGAGGCCUGGGCGCAGCAUCAGCAUCUCUUCCUGCGGCCCGAUGAGGUCUGGUUCGAAGUCCUGGCGCAGCUCAACUUUUACAUGGCUGCCCACGCCGAGGAUGUGCGACACCUGUUUGUCGACUUUGAGGGACAGCAGGAGAUUGUUGUCAAGGACUACACCUGGCGAAAUGUGAUUUCAAGCUUCGCAGGAGAGAUCCAAAAGCGCGUCAAGACGGACUGGCUCGAGGCGUGGAUCAUGCCCGGCUUCAGCACGAGCACCGAGGACGACAGCAUGACGGCCACGGUACUGAUGAUGGGCCUCGUGAAGCAGUACUUCAGCUUCACGGGCGGCAUUAUCUGCGGCCUACCACGGGUCACGCUGCUCGGCAGCAGAGAGGACUGGCAGAGGCUUUCGGACAAAUUGGACCGCCUGCCCGAGUUUGGCGCGGAGCCCAAAGGGUAUGCGCAGAAUCUGCGUCCCAUCUUUGAGCGAUUCGUCAGGACGUUUGAUGAGCCGCACAGCAAGGACAUCAAGACAUUUUGGCGCCAGAUUGUUCGCGCCGAGCACCAUACAACGUGUGGCAAAGGUCCGAUUGAGUAUUCCGUGACCGGUUGGAUCCUGGGCCUUUUGCAGUGGACUGAGCACGGUGAUCUACGCGUGCCCCAGCCGCGCACCGACGACACGUUCUAUGCCGCCCAUAACGACAAGAAUACCGAGAUUGUGACGCUUGAUGGUGUACAGUACCACCCCCAGCCGAUGGACAAGCUGCCUGUGGGGUACGCCAAGGUGCCGAUGAAGAUGCUCGACUUCCCGGAGCCCGGCACCGACAGCGAUGCGUUCCUGCUGGCGGGCAACAUCGGCGUCAACCGCACGGCGAGUAUCAAUGGCGGGUACACGCGUGCGCAGCCGAUGAGCUCAUGGUUCAUGUAUGGCCCGGUGGACAAGAGCUACAACGUGACGACCAUCCGUGGCAGCUAUAAGGAGUUGCAGACUUUGACUAACGGCAUGGCGGUGCAGCAGAGCUGUCCCGGAUAUCAGCGGCCGUGGGACCCCUCUGGCGGAGAACAGUAG